ACCUAAUCAAUCACCUAAAUAAAUAGACACUAAAACAUACAAAAUAAACAAAAACGUAAAUAAUAACCUAUGGAUAUGUCAAUAGAGACGGCGGAGAGAACUCUCCAGCAACCUUUGGUGGAUCCGACGGACUCUGAGCGAAAACCACUGAGGGACGGCGAAUCACUCGAGAGCAUCUUGAUGGAGAGCAGCCUUUCGUCACGGAGGCGCUUGUACUUAGGGGCGUGUAUAGAAAUAAAACUUCUCUUUCGAUUGGCACUUCCGGCGAUAUUUGUCUAUUUGCUCAACAGCGGAAUGAGUAUCUCGACCCGUAUCUUUGCCGGACAUAUCGGCAGUCAAGAACUCGCAGCCGCGUCCAUCGGCAACAGCUGCUUUAAUCUUGUCUAUGGCCUCAUGUUAGGUUUGGGAAGUGCAGUCGAGACACUAUGUGGACAAGCAUAUGGUGCCCACCGAUACGAGAUGCUUGGGAUCUAUCUCCAACGAGCAACGAUCGUCCUCGCUCUGGUUGGUUUGCCCAUGACAGUACUAUACACCUCCUCGUACCCGAUUCUAAUUCUACUAGGCGAGCCCAAAACAGUCUCGUACAUGGCAUCUCUAUACAUCGUCGGACUCAUCCCUCAAAUUUUCACUUUCGCCGUCAACUUCACGGCCCAAAAGUUCCUCCAAGCCCAAAGCGUGGUGACCCCCAGCGCGUACAUCUCAGGCGCCGCCCUUUUCCUCCAGAUUUUGCUGACGUGGACCACCGUGUACGUAAUGGACCUAGGUCUUAUGGGCAUUGCUUAUGUUCUUACUAUCUCUUGGUGGUUCAUAGUUAUGUCCCAAACUUUGUAUAUUAUAACAAGUCCAACGUUCAGACACACGUGGACUGGUCUUAGUUGGAGAUCGUUCCAUGGUCUUUGGAGCUUUUUUAAACUCUCUGCUGGUUCGGCUGUUAUGAUCUGUUUGGAAAUGUGGUAUUCACAGAUUCUGGUUCUUCUUGCUGGUUUGCUCAACGAUCAUGCUCUCUCUCUAGAUUCUCUUUCCAUCUGUAUGUCAAUAUCAGGACUAUCUUUCAUGGUCUCCGUUGGUUUUAAUGCGGCUGUAAGUGUAAGGACAAGUAAUGAACUUGGAGCAGAACAUCCAAAAUCGGCGAUGUUCUCUUCAUGGAUGGCAACUUUUGUCUCCUUCGUGAUCUCACUCGCGGAAGCGCUCGCUCUGAUGGCGUCGCGUGACUACGUCGGCUACAUUUUCACGUCCGACACUACGGUGGCUAAGGCCGUCUCUGAGCUAUGUCCUUUUCUGGCCGUUACUAUCCUUCUCAACGGAAUCCAGCCUGUCUUGUCCGGAGUGGCAGUGGGAUGUGGAUGGCAGACAUUCGUGGCAUAUGUGAAUGUUGGUUGUUACUAUGUUGUUGGUAUUCCCAUUGGUUGUGUUCUCGGGUUUACUUUCAAUUUACAAGCCAAGGGAAUAUGGACCGGAAUGAUUGGAGGUACCCUCAUGCAAACCCUCAUCUUACUUUACGUUACGUAUCGAACAGAUUGGGAUAAAGAGGUGAAAAAGGCGAGAAAACGUUUGGAUAUGUGGGAUGACAAGAAGGAGCCACUUCUACUAAGCUAAAUUGAAAAAUGUGUGGAAGGUACAUGAAUCAUGAAUAAUAUAUGGUUCAUUAAUUUCAACUAGAAUAAUGUAUGUUUAACCACAUUAUGGAAUAACUAAUGUAUGGUGACAUGCAACAACAACUGAAUGUAUGUUAUUUACUCUGUUUCAAUUUUGACCGUUCGA